ACUUUCCUCCAGAGGGGGCAGUAGAGAGCCCUCCAUCCGGAUGUUGUAAAACACCACAGAAGAAGGGAAGCGCGCGUCCGCUCAGUCUCAUUCCAAGAUGGCAGACACAGAGGCAUCAGUGAAGAAGAAGAAGAAGGUGAAGAAGAUGAGUGAAGAUGAAGUUGGGGAGAUUCAACAGAGCGGGGACUUCCUCAUCCGACCGGAGAGCAAGGUGGCGUCUCUGGACACGUCCCAGUGGCCCCUGCUACUGAAGAACUUUGACAAACUGAACGUGCGUACAGCUCAUUACACGCCACUGCCGUGCGGCAGCAACCCCCUGAAGAGGAGCAUCCAGGACUACGUCAGGUCCGGCUUCAUUAACUUGGACAAACCUGCAAAUCCCUCCUCUCACGAGGUGGUGGCGUGGAUCCGGAGGAUCCUGCGUGUGGAGAAGACGGGUCACAGCGGGACGCUCGACCCGAAGGUCACGGGGUGUCUGAUCGUGUGUGUAGACCGAGCCACGCGAUUGGUCAAAUCUCAGCAGAGCGCCGGUAAAGAGUAUGUGGGAAUCGUUCGGCUGCACAAUGCAAUAGAGAGCGAACACACUCUGGCUCGGGCGAUAGAAACGCUGACCGGCGCCUUGUUCCAACGACCGCCCCUGAUCGCUGCCGUGAAGCGUCAGCUGAGAGUCCGAACCAUCUACGAGAGCAAACUGAUCGAGUACGACCCAGAGAGGAGGCUAGGUAUCUUCUGGGUGAGCUGUGAAGCGGGAACUUACAUCCGGACUCUGUGUGUCCACCUGGGUCUGCUGCUGGGGGUCGGAGGUCAGAUGCAGGAACUGAGGAGAGUCCGAUCUGGAGUCAUGGGAGAGAAGGACCACAUGGUGACGAUGCACGACGUGCUGGACGCUCAGUGGCAGUUUGACCACAACAAAGACGAGUCGUACCUGAGGAGGGUCGUGUUCCCGCUGGAGAAGCUGCUGGUGUCUCUCAAACGUCUGGUGAUGAAGGACAGCUCCGUGAACGCUAUCUGCUAUGGAGCCAAGAUCAUGCUGCCUGGUGUGCUCAGGUACGAGGACGGCAUCGAGGUAAACCAGGACAUCGUCGUGAUAACAACCAAGGGAGAGGCCAUCUGCACAGCUGUUGCUCUGAUGACGACGGCGGUGAUCUCCACAUGUGAUCAUGGCGUGGUGGCAAAGAUCAAGAGGGUGAUCAUGGAGAGAGACACGUAUCCUCGGAAGUGGGGUCUAGGACCAAAGGCGAGCCAGAAGAAGAUGAUGAUUCAGAAAGGACUCCUUGACAAACAUGGGAAACCAAACGGCAGCACGCCGCAGGACUGGAAGAAGCAGUACGUGGACUUCAGCGUCUCCAAAGCUGGUCAAGAGGAAGGGUCAUGUGAUGCCACAGCAAAGAGGAAGAGGGAGGCGACGGACAGUGAUGGAGAGACGACAGCGGCAGCAGCGGAGCAGCCUGCCGAGGAAGUAAAGAAAGGGAAGAAGAAGAAAAAGAAAGAGAAGAGGAUUAAACUGGAGGAGGCGGGUGCUGAAGAAGAGGGGGCGGGUCUUGAUGAGACGGGGGCGGAGCCCAUUACAGAGGUUGUUGCUGCUGAAGGCGUGAAGAAGAAAAAGAAGAAGAAACAGAAAGAGGACGCACCAGAGUAACGACACGUGGACAGACUGUGACUGCACGCCAAGCAUUCUGGGAGUUGAAUUAUGGACUGUGUGAAUGCAGAAAAAGGACAUUUUUGUUUUUAUAUAAAUCUUUUUUUUAUUUUAUGUAAAUACCUGGACAGGAAGCCUGUUUGUAAUUUCAAAAUAAAAGUGUUUUCAGUA